AUGUCUUCAAAGCAUUAUUUCCCUUCCACAAGUGCCAAUUCGUUGGUUCCGAGAGCCUUGAGAGCUCUUGUAUCUGCAAAUGAUCAUUUGACAUUUAACGAAGCGGAGAGAGUCGUCGGCAACGCAUUCCACGAUAGCUCAAAAGUAAGCAUAAUCAGUGGAGGUGGUUCAGGACACGAACCCGCAUGGAGUGGCUAUGUCGGCGAUGGUCUGCUCUCGGCUGUGGCAUGUGGUGAUAUCUUUGCGUCACCAAGUGCGAAGCAAAUCUUGACUGCUAUUCGCAUGGCACCGUCGAAGGAAGGCAUUAUUUUAUUGAUCACCAACUAUACUGGCGACCGUCUGCAUUACGGUCUGGCAGCUGAGAGAGCUAAAGCUGAGGGACUGGUUAAGAAUAUUAUCCUCUUGCCCGCUACGGAUGAUGUUUCCAUUGAAGUAAGAAUAGCCACAUGGGUAGAAGAGGUUUGCCGGGUCACAUCUUCAGGGAGUCCGAUGAAAAUCCUUGGAGCGGCGGCCGCAGAAGGAUACUCUUUCGACGAUUGUCUUCAACUUGGAAGAGCAGUGAAUGCACAAACUGUGACAAUUGCCUCGGCACUCGACCAUUGCCAUGUACCAGGCAGGGAUCAGCAAUCUUCUCUGCCCAACGACGUGUGCGUCAUUGGUGCCGGAAUUCAUAACGAGCCCGGCCAACUUGUCCUGAACCCAGCCCCGUCAGUUGAGGAGCUUAUUGAACGUUGUCUCAACCUUCUCUGCGAUCAGUCAGACGUAGAGCGGGCUUUUGUCAAGUUCGAGCUAGGCGAUGAAGUGGCUUUAUUAGUGAACAAUUACGGAGGCCUUUCAGUUCUGGAAGCAGCAGCUUUGACGGACGAGGUUCAAACCCAAUUAAGUUCACGGUGGGGAAUUUCACCCUGCAAGACAUUCUCCGGUGCAUUCGAAACAUCUUUGAACGCGCCAGGAUUCUCCAUUUCCCUGUGCAACCUUAGCGCCGCAGCUCGACAGUCGUGUGAAUCUGCCUCUACCUUGAUACACUACCUUGACGGCGCCACUAGCGCGGUCUCGUGGCCCAAUACUACCCGGCCUUUGCCUUCUCAAAGAAAGACUACUGUCGAACAUACGAAUGGUCACGCAAAUGGGCACCAUGUCGAGUAUGCGCCUAUCGAAAUGGAUCCUUCGCUAUUAGAGAAAGCCAUCCGAACCUCAUGCGAAAGUACGAUCAUUGCUGAACCAAAGCUGACGCAGUGGGAUAUGGUAAUGGGUGAUGGAGAUUGCGGUGAGGCCGUCAAAGGCCUAGCCGAAUCGAUCCUAUUCAGACUCAACAAAGGCUGCGCCAAAUCAGGCAACGUCCUUGAUGUCAUUCAGUCGAUCUUGCAAUCUGUCGACGACAUGGGCGGAACCCUCGGGGCAAUUUUUGGUAUCCUUUUGUCGGCCCUUGCCACAGCUCUAAUGAAGAACCUCGCGGAUGGAAAGAUUCGCCCAAACACGCCAAGUUUCUAUGCUACAGCUCUUGCGUCCGCAGUCACAUCCUUGAAAUCGCACACGGGUGCUAGAGAAGGGGAUAGAACUGUGAUGGAUGUUUUGCUCCCAUUCAAUGACGAGUUCUCUCGUUCAGGUGACUUUGUAUCUGCAGUGGGUGUUGCAGCACAGAAGGCAGAAGCCACAAGGUACCUUCAAGCGAAGUUCGGUCGUGCAACGUAUGUUGGAGAAGCAUCGGGUCAAGAGUUACCAGAUCCGGGAGGUUGGGCGUUUUAUGAGAUUGUUGCAGGUUUGGCUAAUGGACUUGGACUCUUUGUGCCUAAUUAA